CUUCAAUGUCGUACUCGGGAUUGGCACCCGGCAGCACCGUGACGUUUACGUGUGAGCCGGGAUACAUCAUGGUCUCCGGCGACGCUGUUCGCACGUGUCACGAAAGCGGUGGGUGGACUGGGACCCAACCUAAAUGUCAAGUCCAGAACUGUGUGACCUUGCAAAACAAUGCUACUGGAAAACUGAAGAGCGGGCUGUACCAAAUAAACCGCGGAGGGAGGAACUUUCACAUUUACUGUAACUAUGGCGACGGUGACGGAUAUGUCUACAUUUCAACCUCGAUCCCGAGCGACGUGGACCUGAACAUGGCGUCCCUCUCUGACGAUAGCAGCCACGUUAAGGUCAUCCACAGGCGUCAGAAUGGUAGCCAGUAUGAGGCGAAAAUUCAACAGAUCGCUGCAUUCAAUACGUUACCAGUCUCCGUUCAAUUCAACAAGCAUGACGGUUAUUAAGGCGUACAAAACACAGCCAUGGGACCAUACGUCUUCACAGGUUUCGUACCCCUGUCUGUCAACCCUAAACACGGCACACAGGGUUGGAAAGUCAACGGCAAUGAGGUGACGUUCACCAACUGCGACGGAAAACUCAACAGCUACUUCGCGGUGCUGCUCAAUGCCAACAAAGCCGACUACACACUAAAUAACGGCUGGAAAAAUUCCCUGAUGUACGCUUGGUAUGAACUGGCGACUCCGGUCAGCGACUUACUUCCGGAGGCCAUAUUUUCACCGGAUUAUGAUAUCCAUCAUGGCGGUUGUGGAGGGUACAGCAUCGGAAAAACCGAAACCGACGUCACA